AUGGCUAGCCAGCCGAAUUCCAGACCAAGCUUCUUCAAGGUCAUCAUCGGUGACUUUGGCACCAAGCUCCAACUACCACCUUUCUUCGUGAAGACAUACAAAGAAAGAUUUAUUGAAAAUCCGGUGCUCAAAACUACAUGUGGGAAAUCAUGGGUUGUGAGCAUGGAGAAAACCAAUGAAAAAUAUUGGUUUACGACAGGUUGGCCGGAAUUCGUGGAAGCCAACAAAUUAUUAGUCGGUGAUUUUUGUGUUUUUUGGUUGAAUGGUGAUUCAACGUUUGAAGUUUCAGUAUAUGGAAGAAACUGUUGUGAAAAGCAGUUAGAUGUAAUUGAAAUAGGCCGUAAAAAAACGGUUGUUUCUGUCAACAAUUCACCCACCAUUUCUGAGGAAGACGAAGAGGGUGAUGAUGUGGGUGAAGCCAUGACUACUCUAAGCUAUGAAAGAAUUCUGAACAAAUACAACAUAAGUUUUUGUUCUCUUCCUGUGCGUUUUGCUAAAGGGAUUGGAAUUGUGCGUGAGAAAAAGAUGGUGCUGAGAGAUCCGGAGGAAAGGUUGUGGCCUGUUAAGCUGGUGGUGAGGCAUACGAGCGGUGGCAGGGUCGAUAUAAUGCACGGCUGGUCUGACUUCCGUCUGGGAAACAAGUUGGCUAUUGGGGACACAUGUUUCUUCAAGUUCAUUCCAAGUGCUCAUAAUGUAUUGCAUGUGCAAAUUUGCCACAGAGAUCGAGGGAAAUCGUUGAAGCCCGAGAAAAUAUGA